AUGGAAUCCAGACCAGAUCUCGAGUCCCAAAAGCCCACUCCGCAGAUCGAUUCUUUUCACGACUCAGAAUCAGAAGAUGAACAGGCCCUGAAACCCCAAUCCUCAAACGCCUAUGGCAUUCCAAUAUGGCGCAAAUGCCUCAUCCUCUUUGUUGUUAGCUGGAUGACCCUGGCUGUAACAUUCUCCAGUACUUCACUACUACCCGCAACCCCAGAGAUCGCUACCGAGUUUUCUACUACAUCGGAAAUUCUCAAUAUCACUAAUGCCGGUGUACUUAUUGCCAUGGGCUUCUCGUCGUUUAUUUGGGGUCCCAUUACAAACCUAUUCGGGCGUCGCAAUGCCUAUAAUACAGCUAUCCUUGUGCUUUGUGCAUGCUCGGCCGGUACCGCCGCGGCGAUCAAUUUACGCAUGUUUAUUGCAAUGCGCAUUUUGGGGGGCUUUACAGGUACCUUCUUCAUGGUCGCUGGGCAAACUAUUCUUGCGGAUAUCUUUGAACCGUGUCUCACGUGUGGCCUCCUUUCUACAUUCCAAUACGCACUUCUCACAUCAGCCCGCUCAAUCUUCAAUCCCCGUUUCAACUUGACGUCUCCUCUCGUCAGCGGCCUAUUCUACCUCUCCCCUGGAAUAGGCUUUCUGAUCGGUAGUGUCGUUGGCGGCAAGUUGUCCGACCAUACGGCGAAGAAAUGGAUUAUCAACCGAAACGGGGUGCGCCUGCCUCAAGACCGUCUAAACAGUGGUAUCGCCACUCUUUUGGGAGUUCUCCCAGUUGCAACCUUGAUUUAUUGCUGGACUUUGCAGGAAGAAGUGGGUGGGAUGGUUGUUCCAAUUAUCGCGGCUUUCUUUGCGGGCGUAGGGCUUCUGGGUGCUUUCAACGGGUUGAAUACCUAUUCGGCUGAGGUUAUGCCACAUGUUCGUUCGGAGGUCAUCAGCGCAAAGUACGUGGUACAGUAUAUCUUUGCUGCCGCAGCGACGGCAGUUGUUGAGCCGGUAAUUAGUACUAUCGGGGUGGGAUGGACAUUUACAAUCUGUGUUUUCUUCGCUAUAACAGGUGGCUUCCUUGUGCUUGCCAUCACCAAAUGGGGGAUUGAUAUGCAGCGAUGGUCUGAAAGGAAGUUUAGCCUCGAUGUGAAGUCUUGA